CUGCUCUGUAUAAACAUGGCCGUUAAAUCCUUUACAGCGUCAGGUACUGCGUUUGGCUGAAUUAGUUAGACUUUGAGGAAGUCGGUAAGGUUAACUAAAACUGUAACAGGUGUAAAGAAAAUGUAGACACGCAGCCAGUGCGUCUUAUCUUUUUUUUCCCCUUAGUUUUUUUUUCUGUGCAUGGGAGCGACAUUUAUAAACUUGAUAUAGUACUUUAAGCUAGCUAGCUAACACCGAGCUAACGCCGACGUCUCAGCGUCAACUUCUGUCAACUUUGUUCUGCCAGCCAGCCUCAUCUGCUACUUGACUACUUCACAAAAUGAAGGACUGCCGUCGUUUGCCCACAGUGUCUCAAUGAAUGUUUUACACACGGAUAUCUUGGAUUUGCUCAGCUAAGGGCUGACCUAGAAACUUUCUCCAAGAUUUUCCCUUGGAUAGUUUUUAUUAUAUUAUUUUUAAUAUUACUGGCAGCAGGAUAUCGUUUGCCAGGCGUCCGUUUGGGAACGUAAAUUACAUAAACAAUGUUUCCUGCCAAAGUCACGAAACCGACCUUCAAGUGUUAUCUUCCUCCUGCUCAGACUGAUGUGAAGAAUACAGUUGAAAAACCUCUUAAAAAGUUGGAGGCAAAGUUGCUUUCAGGUGAGAUAGUAGUUAAUGAGGUGAACUUUGUGAGGAAAUGUAUCAGCACUGAAAACAACCAAGAAGGCCUUUGGGGGAAGCUGAUAUGUACCAACUUUAAGGUGUCCUUCAUUCCUCAGGACACUUCACCAAAGCAGAAGUCCACGUUGUCCCACCUGCUGCUCGGAGAGCAUGACAUCCCCCUGACCUGUCUGGAGCAAGUAGUAACAGUGAAUGAUACAAAGGGGAAGAAGAAAGUAUUGGGCUCCAACCAGAAGCUGAAGUUCAACCCCACUGAGCUCAUACUGUACUGCAAAGACUUGCGCGUGAUACGGUUCUGUUUUGAAGAAGCUGGACCUGAAAGUGCCAGAAAGGUUUGCCUGGCUAUUGCCCACUACUCUCAUCCAGCUGAUCUUCAACUGCUGUUUGGCUUUGAGUAUCAAGGACGGCGAUACCAUGAAUCUAAAGAGGAACGAGUCAAUGGUUCCACCCCGAGAGGAUUACAGACCCCCAUUUUUGACCGUUCCUCUGAUUGGGAUCGGGAAAUCAAGAGAACGAAUGCUUCAGAGUGGAGAGUGUGCUCCAUCAACCAGAGUUAUGCCGUCUCAUCAAGUCUUCCAGAGCACAUUGUAGUCCCGUCAUCUCUGACAGAUCAGGAUCUGAUGCAGUAUGCAUCAUCAUUCACUGAUCAUCGCAUCCCUAUGUGGUGCUGGAGUCACUCCAAUGGGAGUGCUCUUGUCCGGAUGGCCAGCUUAACUGAUCCAUUACAGCAAAAGAAGACUGAGCAGAAAAUCUUUGCCGCUAUCACAAAAAGCCACCCACAGCGCAAUGAACCGUUUAGAUCGGAUCUGGACAAGAGUCUGCCUUCUAUCCUGGACAUCCAGAGCGCAUUUGUUAAACUGAGGCAGAUAUGUAUCCUAGAUCCGUUUGAAGAGUCUGAGGAGAGGUGGCUUUCAACCAUUGAAAACUCUCGAUGGCUUGAAUAUGUCAGGGCCUUUUUAAAACACUCUGCUGAGAUGGUCUAUCACUUAGAGGGAGGGAAUUCCUCUGUCAUUCUUCAAGAAGAGGAAGACCGAGACCUAAACUGUGUAGUAUCCGCAUUGAUGCAGCUCAUGUUGGACCCUCGCUAUCGCAGCCUCAUUGGCUUUCAGAGUUUGGUGCAGAAGGAGUGGGUGAUGGCUGGCCAUCGCUUCUUGGACAGAUGCAACCACUUGAAGAAAAAUGACAAAGAGGAGUCCCCACUGUUCCUGUUGUUCCUGGACUGCGUGUGGCAGAUUAUGAACCAGUACCCAGCAGCAUUUGAGUUCACAGAGACCUAUCUGACAGUACUGAGUGACAGCAUGUGGAUCCCACUGUUCAGUACUUUCCUGUUCAGUUCAUCCAAGCAGCGUGCCCAGCACUUGAUGGACUUUGCCAAGCACAAAGCCAUCCCUCAAGGAGAAGACCAGGUUGUAUAUUUCCCUCCAGUUUGGGAGUGGUCACAGCAGUUCUCAACUAAAGAUCAAACCCUCUUUAACAACCCCAUGUAUGUAGGCAAAGGAGCUGCCUGUGUUCAGAACGGUGAAGUGAAAACCUUCAAACGCAAGCAGAAAGCCUACAGUUCCACAUUACGAGGGACGCCCACAAAUCUGCGUAAUGGGGUAAAGGGUGGGGAGGAGUCCCUGACCCGACGAAGCUCUCUAGCUAACGAGUUGAAGUCUGAGCUGACACCAGUGAAAGACUUAAGUCCAUCUGAGCGCUUCUUCAAGGACUGGUUCUCUCGACCCGCUGACCUGCAGGGCCUGCUGAUUCCCUUGCUCAUGCCCUCUCAUAUGGCUUUUUGGAAGCUCUUCUUUCUCCGUUGGGUUCCUGAAGCCUGCAUCUCCAAAGGAGGCCCAGUCACCACCUACCACAAGCUCUCCCAGCUGGUUGAUGAAAUUGAGAUACUGCAGAGCCAACUCAGGCAAUAUAAGGGAACCAGUCCAGGCAACACACCACUCACCAGCUCAGGUGGAAACCCUACAGACCAACGGAGGAUGUAUUUUCAAGCCAGUUCUCCUGAUGACCCCUCUACACCUCCAGAAUGCCUUACAUCUUCCUUUCCUUUCACCCCAACGGGCAACCUUUCCCGCCGCACUGUCCAAGGGACUCCCAUUAGCAAAUUUCUGAAUGGUGCAAGGAUCUGGCUCUCAACAGAGACUCUUGCUAAUGACACCGUCUGAGGACGUAGGACUCACUUUUUUGAGCCUAGUACAGGUUUUUCUAACAACUCAUCAUCUUAUUUUCUCUUACCUCUUUCUUAAAUACCAAGAACUAAACUUAGAAUUAGAAAUAUAUGCCAUUUUGGACUUAUACUGAAUUAUUUAUAAGCUAGAACUUGCGCCAUUGAUGCUGCAUCCAAAUCUGAGGUAAUUUCUAGAGUAAUGUCUGUAGCACUGAAAAAUACAUUUUGAGGAAUUCAGUCUUUUAAGCACAUCAUUAUUGGCCUUACCAUGAGCUCUUGUAUGACUGUGAAAGAUCAUAACUUUUAAGAUGGAUGUAUUUUUAUUUUUUGUCAUCCAUCUACUUAAAGAGUGCUUUUUAAUACACCUUUUCUGACAUUUACCUCUGAUUUACUGUAUGUUUUAAAGCAAUAAUGGAAUGAGGUAUAUUUGUGAUAGUGCUAUGAGUUAAAUUGUUAUUUCUUUGGAUUCUUAUUGGUCAAUAAGACGUCUCACUGAAAUGGAGUAAUGUUAUAUGAACUUUAAAGAAAAAUUGCCCAUUUUGUGUUGCAGCAGCAAUGAUGCUUUUCACUGAACACUGACUUCCAAGUAGUCAAGUUGCUUGUGCCUUCAUGGAGAUUUAAUUGAAGAUUAUUUUUUUUAAUUUAUAUUUCAGAAAGAGGAACAGAAAAUAAUACUGCUAACAUGUAUUAUGCGUCAAAAAAAAGAUCUGCCUUGGUUGAAUGUAAUGUUUUUUUUGUUUUGUUUUUCCUCUUGCACAAACUUACUGCUGUUUGCUACAAGUGCCCAUAUUUUAAGGGUUGUUUUUGUUUUCGGGUUUUUGCGAUUGGUAGCAAAUGGUGUGAUUUCAGGGUCUAACUGUAGAUUAACUCUAUUUUUUUUGAAGCAGCAAUAAGGACCUGUAUUUUUAGUCUGUGGGGAAAUGGAGCUGUGAGGACUUCAAUCUGUGGUAGAUAUUUCCUCUUUUCUUACGAAGCAGUUUUAUUAAACUUAGAGGCCUUCUGGUAAGGCACCAAGGAGAAAUUCUUCAGAAUAAUAGUAGCUGAAUGGUAAUUUUUUUUUUUCUUUCUUCAAAGUAAAGGGAUGGACAGAUGCUAUGACUCAAUCCAGUCCCUAGUUUGGUAAAUGAUGAAUCAGAUAUCAGGCACUGAGUCCAAGCAUUCAGAGAGCAUGACACAGUUUCAGGGCAGCACAUUAGCAAGAAGUCAUCUGGAUACUGCAAAGCCUCAUAAAUGCAUGUGCCUGUAAUUUUGACUUUGCAGGGUUCAGUUGUAGAGAAUGAAAAGUUUAAAAGCAUGAACUGCACACACUGUUCAGCAUACUGUAUCCUUCCUCAUUUCUCUUGAUACAUUUACUCUGCAGAGACUAAUGGCAGCAUUCGAAAACAAGAACUGAAGAUGUAGUGCUAAACAUGCCCCGCUGUUCUUUGUGCAACUGUGUGCUGUCUUGGCAAGUUUGGGGAAAAUGUCAUCAUCAAUGGCAUCAGUAAAAGAUCACUGUGUAAUUCCUCUUUAAAAUGUUAAAAUGCCGUUUAUUGUCAAACCCUUUGUCAUUCGCAGUGGUCCUGCGAUGCUGGAUUGAUCAGUUUCCAGUGAUAUGAGGGUUUUAUUCUGCAAUAACUAGUUCAGGUGUUUCUGUAGUGUAUAAUGUGAGUGCAAAACUGCUCUCCCAACUGCUAUUAAUUGCACAGUUUACUCAGUAUAUAGGAUAGAUUUGUUAAAUAUAAUUUUUGGCAAAUAUUAUAAAUAUUGUAUAUGCUUGAAAAUUUCCAAUUAAUAUUUUUGAUUAAUGGUACUAAAUAACUUUUUUCCUUGAUUUAGUCUCUAUAUUUUAUGAAGAGAUAUUUAUAUGCUGUGUUAUUUUUCCACUAAUUCACAAUGUUGCACUCUGCUGUAGCUGUAUGAUGACCGUGCUUCUUCUGUGGCACCGUUUGAUAUCGAUUAACAGCAGAUGUAUUUAUUCAGAUAUGCAAAUGUUCUCUAAGAGGGAUGGAGCAGCUGCUGGACGUCCUCUGUGCCUUUUUGUUUGUUUGUUUGUUUGUUUGUUUGUUUGUUUGUUUUUUGGGAAGAUUGACCAUUUUUGUAACUUUGUUCUAAAUCUGUCGGCUUAUCUUAGUUUUCUAAAAACUGUUGAUUUGUACCAAUUGUGUAAAUUUAGUUAAAUUUGGAGGUACUGCACUGAAGCUUUUUUUUUUUCUUCUUCAUAACAGAAAAUACAGCUCAAAUAUGUACUAGUAACCAAUCAUUACAUUAGUUUGCAAAUGAAA